AUGGGCAAGUUUGGAGUGUGGAUUUUAGCCUUGGGGGGAGGCGUAUUGACCCUCCUUUACCUGCUUCCGUGGGCGUACAUCGCCCUUGACCUUCUUGGGAAUUGCCGCGAUGCGCCGCGUACAGUGCAAGAGCCCUCCAUCUCGUUUGAAGAGAUCGUCAGCCAAGGCACGUCCGAUAAGCGCACGCAUCACUACGGUGCUUUCUACAGCCUCUAUCUCGACCCGCUGCGCCUGCCGCGGCCAUCUUAUGACACCAAAACCAUCAGAAGAUCACGCGGGCGGAAGCAAAAGGAAUCGGCGUGGGAGAUUCCCGAGGUGAACAUGCUGGAGAUCGGGCUCAAGUACGGCGACUCGCUGAAGCUGUGGAAGCGGGCGUUUCCUAGAGGCAGAAUCUACGGCAUCGACAACGGAGUAAUUUCAAAGAAGCACCAGGCGGAGGCGAGGGACCCACGGGUGCGGCUGAUGGUGGGCGACCAGGCGAAUGGGACGUUCCUGGAGCAAGUGGUGGCUGAGAUAAAGAGUGCGGUGGGUCUGCUUGACUUCAUAGUGGACGAUGGUGGUCACACCAUGGAUCAGCAACAGACAUCCCUCAAACACCUCCUUCCUCUUGUCAAG